ACACCGCUAAGGUGGCUGUGACCCCUAAACUCAAGUUGCUGUUUUCUGGAGUCCGCUGAUAAGGGGAUGGCUUUCAAAGAGCACACCCCGCUACCCCCUCACCACCGGGACCUCUGCACCCGUUCUAUCUGGCUAGCAAGGAAGAUCCGUUCAGACUUGACUUCCCUCCUAGAGGCUUAUGUUGAACAUCAGGGCCUGAACAAGAAUGUCGACCUGGAUUCCGUGGAUGGCGUGCCAUCAGCCAGCACUGACCGGUGGAGUGAGCUGACAGAAGCAGAACGACUUCAAGAAAAUCUCCAAGCUUAUCGAACCUUCCACGUGCUCCUGACCGAGGUCCUGGAGGAGCAGAGGGUCCAGUUCACCCCUACGGAAAGAGAUUUCCACCAGAACAUCCAUAGGGUCCUGCUGCAAGUGGCUGCCUUUGCUUAUGAGAUAGAGGAGCUAAUGGCACUGCUGGGACAUCAGGCCCCAUCUCAAGAGACUGACAGGAUGCCAGAUGGUGGUCAGCGAAGCUUCUUGGAGAAGAAACUGUGGGGCUUGAAGGUGCUGCAGGAGCUGAUGCAAUGGACAGUAAGGUCUAUCCACGACCUCCGCCUGAUCUCAUCUCCUGGCCGGAAUAGGGUUCCAGCCCAUGGGAGUCAGCAGUUUGCUGAGGCUCAGCAGAUGUAGCGUCUCCCUUCUCUUGUUCUUUCAUCUGUAGUGCAGCAUGUAUGUGGUUUUGGCCCUGCAAUUCUCAUCUGUCUCAUCUUUUUGACGACCUUUAUUGAAGACGAUCUGGAGACACUUGGAAGGAUGUCGUGCGGAAAGGUCCAUCCCGUCUAACUGCGGUCCCAACCCUACCUUUCAGGAACCAAGAGCAAAGCUUGGACUCUGCAAUGCUUUCUCACAUAGUUUUCUUUACCAUAUCACUAAAAUUAACAGGUUACGGGGAUCUCCAGGCGAUCCAGACAGCCAAGAUCACCAGUCAUGACCUUUUGACUUCUCCGCUCCAGUUUCCUCUUAUUUGCCUGUUCCUGUGAGACAGAAGGAGACUUUAUGAGUAUGGAGGCAUAAUUCCGUAUUUUGGGUCAAUUCAGAGAGGGUAGGUGGUUGUACAGCUUCUCAACACAACUCACGGACAGUGUAAAACCUUAGGUUUUGGAGCAGCAAAGAACCUUUGUUCUGACCUAUACCAAGAACCACUCAUCACUGCUAGGGAGCAAAGGGAGAAGCUGCAGACACUUUGGCCUCCUUCAGGAAAGGACUUCCACGUCUUCUGACCCCACUCACUGGAGUGAUGGACCACCCUUAUUUCUACUUUCUUCAUAAGGUGGCUCUCGCUUAUGGUUACUGAGCACUAGGUUAGGCACACACUCACCAUAUCGUGUGUGUGUGUGUGUGUGUGUGUGUGUGUGUGUGUGUGUGUGUGUGUGUGUGAUUGAAUAUUCUUAGGAACAAUACCACUGGGACAUUUUAAUAUGUGAUAGCUGGUGUGCUAUUCAGAUGAAAAAGCUUGUGGAACUCCUUGCUUGCCAUAUUGAUGGACUGAGUCACUGGGCGAGGGAGAAGCAUUCUCUCACACAAGGUGGGAAUGCCAGAGGAUGUGAUACUGAAACAUGUAAAACUCCAACUAAUGAACAAAGUAAGGGCAGGCUUGAGGAGAAGGCUAAAUCUGCCAGAUUAGUGAAAAAAUCUGAACUGGAAUAUUGGAAGGGAAAGUCCUUUAAUUACUUCUCAUCGUGGAUCACCUUGUUGUUUGUCCUUCAUUCCCUAAGAGGACCAUGACAUCAGAGUGAUGUCAUGACUUGCAGUGAAUUGGCUUUAAGUGAGGGAGGACUGUAGAAGGUCACACUCUCCUCCAGAGCCAUCUGGGUCCAGGGGCAAGAUUAUUAUCAGAGUGACUGGAAAUUACCCUGGAGGCAGUUGAGGUUGGAUUUGAAUUCAAAUCCUCCCAAUUUCAGGGCCAGUGCUUUGUUCACUGCACUACCCAGCUGUCUCCAGUUCGUGAAUGACCUAAUUAGUUAAUCAGAAUGGGCGAAAUUUGCAGGUUUUAUAUUGCAAAGAAGGGGCAGCUAGGUGGCGCAGUGGAUAGAGCACCAGCCCUGGAUUCAGGAGGACCUGAGUUCAAAUAUAACAGACACUUA